CAACAACAUCAGCAGCAGCAACAUCAGCAGCAGCAACUAAUAGCAGAUGAAAAUCAAAGGUUAAUCCAUAGCCACCCACGCUGCUGCUAUUCUCUGCUAAUGUUGCUAAUUGUUGGCCAAGCAGUUUACGCGUCGGCCGGCAGUGAGGUAAUCACCAAUCGCUCCAAGCCAACCGAUGAAUCGCUGGCAAUUCCGCCGACUCAAGCCGGCACGCCUCCGGCAUUUACCCGCCCCUUUCGCGAGGAGGACAUGGCCGAGGGUGAGCUGAGCCCGGAGGAGAGCUGGCGGGAUGCAGUGACCAUCUCCAGGCCACCGAGAGCGGGCAGAAGCGAACGGCAGGCGGCGGAGGAGGAUCAAGUGGAUCGCUGCCGGCUCUUUGUCGAGGGGGAUCCCACUAAAAAUGAGCUAUACAGCCCCGAGUAUCCCAAUCUCUAUCCGAAGAAUAUUAACUGCACGCGGGUAAUAACAGCGCCAAAGGGACAAAUCAUCCGACUGGACUUUCGCAACUCGUUCAAUAUUGAGGCCAAGGAGGAGUGCAAAUUUGAUUUUCUAGAAAUCCGAGAUGGUCAGUAUGGUUUCUCCACGUUAAUUGGUAAAUUCUGCGGCACCGAUUUCCCACCGGAGAUCACCUCAAAGGAACGCUACCUGUGGCUGCACUUUCACUCGGACGAGACCAUUGAAUACACGGGUUUUAGUGCAGUUUACGAGUAUUUGGACAGAAAUCGAGAGGCACCCAGCACUGAUUUGAAUUGCACCAUUGAAAAAGAUGGCUAUGAGGGGUUCAUAAACUCCACAGAUGUGCCGGCAGAUAUCCGCGAGCAGGUCAUACGCAAUAAGAUCGCUCUGGACUGCAUCUGGCGGAUACAGGUCAGGGAAAACUGGAAGAUUUACCUCAAGUUCCUGGACUUCAAGCUGAGCAAACCGAAUGACUGUGAAACGAAUUUCCUGGACAUUUUCCCGGAGCGAACUGUGAUGCCAUUGAGGGUGAAGAACUUUUGCGGUUCGGCGGGUGAGAGUAUCGCGGCAGAGUCAAAUAUCCUACAUUUGCGCUUCUACGCAGAUCAAAUUGCGAUUAACUCGACAUUCGGCAUUCUGUACACGGCGUUCCGGGACCGAGGAGCUGCCUGCACCGAGGACGAGUACGAUUGCGAGGACGCGACCUGCAUAUCAAAGGAUUUGAAAUGUAAUAACCUAGACAAUUGUAAAUUUCGCUGGGACGAGGAGGGAUGUACGAGCGAAACAACUGGCCAAUCGGAGCAUGUGGUCAUCAUUGUGAUUGUCUUUGGACUGAUUCUCGGCGGAAUGGUCAUUACCUUUAUUGUCAACUGCAUUCGGAAGAUAAUACGUGAUCAGAAGAUAAUACGCGAACACAUCCGGGAGUCCAAGGAGAGCAAGCUGGACGAGAUGGGUCGCAACUCCAAAGGUCGUUCGCGGGAGAAUAUAUCCAGGCAAAAGCACUCUCAGACUUCGCUGCAAAUCCUGGAUGAUGUCUCCAACAGAUACUACCGCGAGGCUGUGCCUUUGUCAACGCAAUCAAGCAAGGCUGACUUCAAGGAAAAGGAGCACAGCAUCCUGCGCCGCCAUGCGGACAUGACCCAGACAAGUCUGGGCGGUGGCGGUGAUGAUGGGGAAUCCAGUUCCACAACCACAGCCACCCACGAGAUGAUGACAAAGGCAACCAUGGCGGCGGCACCAAUUAAUGCCUGCGACAUGGGCUGUCAGACGAGGGAAUCGCUGUUUGUCAACAGUCCUGGAAUUGGACCAUCGACGGGCCCGGUUGUUAAUAUUGGCUUUGGUAUGGGAGUAACUCCAACGGCCUCGUCCUCUGCUCCCGGAGGCGGUGUUGCCUCGCUAAUGAGACAAAAGUCCAGCUCCUCCUGUGGCUCAGGGGGCGGGGCCAUGAUGAUGCCACCGCCACCGCCGCGAUUCUUCUCCACGUUUGGCUAUGAGCCAUCGGGAUCGCCGUCAGCAGCUGGGACGCUGACAAGGCGCAGCAUGCAGCAGCAGCAGCAGCAGCAGCAGCAACAGCAGCAGCAACAGCAACAGCAGCCACAUCAUUUGCAACAGCAGCAACAUCACCAGCAGUUGCCGCGCCAGGAGUCCAUGGAGCUGGAGGAGCGACAUAGCCUCCGUUCGCACUAUGGCGGAUUGCUGGCGACUCCAACGGCCAAGCCGCCGCAGGAGAUCUGUCAUCACCACCACCAGCAUCAGCAGCAUGCACAGCAGCAGCAGCAGCAACAUCAGCAGCAACAGCAGCAGCAGCAGCAGCAGCAACGUCUGCAUCAUGCUCAUCCUGCCCAUCCGCAUCCUCCGAGUAUUGCUGCUCGAUUGCCGGCCAUGAAGGGACAUGGCCUGGGAGUCGGAGGACCUGGCCAGACAACGAUCCUGCCGGGAGGCAAUAACAAGCAGCAGCAGCAAAAGAACGAGGAGUCCAAAGUGUUCAUUGACAUACGAAAUUCGGCGCCAGAUGUGAUUAUCAUGACGUCCCAUUGACAUUUAAGGAUUGCCCGUCAAUCAGGAACGACAUCAGUAAGCAGCAGCAGCCGGAGCAGCAGCAGCAGCAGCAGUAAUCACUUGCAACAAGGCUGCAACAGCACCAAUACUUGGAGCAGCAACACAAGGAAUUUAAGCGAAAACAGCGGCAACAAGAGUCACAUGAAAGUGUAUAACAGCAAUUGUUUGAGCAAUAGCAAUAGCACCUACAACGGCAACAAAAGUGGCAUUAAUGUGCACAACAUCAGUAGCAGCAGCAGCAGCAACAACAGGAGCAACA